AUGGGUAACGAUGAUGAUCAAAUUGCGUUGAGUCACAGAGAUGGUGACAAAGAUGUGCAUACUGGGCAAAGGAUGAAGAGUUUGCGGGAUCAGCGAGAGAUUGAAUCAGAUAGGAGCAAAUGUGGCUCUGAUGAUCGAUCUAGUGAUGGGAAUGGCGGCCGCAAUGGGCAGGAUGAGAAUGUUGAAGGUAAUGGGAGAAGCAGACGAAGGAGUGCACGAGGUACAGAAGGGAGUAGAGACAAGGGGGGAGGAAAGAUCCAAGGAAAUGGUUCCAAGCAGCGCCGUGGUGGAAGUCGAGGUAGAGACCUCAGUGCUCAAAACCAAGCACAAGGAGAGCAACGCUCACGACUCAGUAUCACGCAAUUUGAGAGACAAACUGCUUUGGAACAAGUUGCUCAAUCGUAUGAAUCAUUACUUCACCCAAUACGAAAUCUACAUCGACAACACGAUCCGUACAAGACAAAUACCGACAUGGUAGUAGAUCAAAUCAUGCAAAACUACAACAACCAAAACCAAAGUGACAUUCUCGCCAAUCCUCGCCUAAGUAACAAAUUCUACAAACGCAAUUUCCAAACUCACAUGCGCCACAUGCUCAAUCGAGAAUUGAUUUUAUUCAGUAUUGAUAUUGAGGCGUGGGAGAUGCAUAAUCAAACGGUGACGGAGAUUGGCAUUGGGAUAUAUGACCCGAGACGUAAUUCGGCUUUUAGUGUGGUUCCCGAAAUUACCAAGUUGCAUAUACGAGUGUUGGAGAAUAUGCAUCGGGUCAAUGGGAAAUUUGUUGUUGAUCACGCAGUGAAUUUCGUGGGUGAGCCUACUUUGGUUAUGAGUAUGCGCGAUCUGGUGGUUUUGAUCCAGGCGUUGUUUGAUUAUUUCUUUGAGUAUGUUGGUGGUGAAGAUGAGGGCGUUGCUGGUGCUGGUGCUGGUGCUGGUGCUGGUGUUGGUGUUGGUGGAAAUGGUGGGUUACUGACGUAUUUGGUCGGACAUGGUGUACCUGGAGAUAUCAAGUGGUUAAAGUCUAUAGGAAUCGAGUUUCCGCAAACGUACUCUGUGUUGGACACGUUGGAAAUCCUCAAAAUCACUCACGGGAAACAAAACUUGAGUUUGGCGAAAGCAUUAGCUAAAGUUGACAUACCGCAUCCGUUUUUGCAUAAUGCUGGAAACGAUGCAUAUUAUACGUUGCUCCUCGCUUUGAGGUUGCUUGAUCCUGGAGUUCGGUCUUUGUACAAGUUGGAUUUGUGUGUUGAUCGGAAUCUGAUGAUGAGUGAAGAAGAAAGACGAGUUGCGAAGGAGGAGAAGCAGAAGGCGAAGUUGGCGAAACGGGCGUUGAGGGAGUUGAGAAAGUCGCUGAAUGAGGUUGAUGGGGCGGAUGGACUGGUGUCGUUUGACAAUGACAAGGUGAAAAAUGGGAACGGGCACGGGCUGGGUGAGAGAGAUAAGAAGAGAAAGGGGAGAAAGAAAGCGACGGGUCCACAUAAUGUUGCUCAGAGCGUACGGUGCUCUGCUUCGGAUGCUGUAUUGUAUGUGUUUGGUGGAAAGUCAUUGCCUGAGGAAAAAGAGGAAGAGGAGGACAUUGAUAAAAGUGGAAAUAGUACGACGGAGGCGUGA